AUGAUACCACACAUUAUCGUUUUCAUAUCCGGAAACGGUUCUAAUCUUCAAGCAAUAAUUGAUGCAGUACAGUCGGCAACCCUUAAAUGUAAAAUUGAUUUGGUAGUUUCUAACCGAAAAUCAGCUUAUGGCUUAACACGUGCAGAACAAGCUGGAAUUCCUACACUAGUUUUUCCCUUGAAACCUUAUAGAGACGCUGGAAAAACUCGUAUAGAAUAUGAUAUAGAUUUGGCUAAUAAAAUUAGAGAUUACAAACCCGAUUUAAUUGUCCUUGCAGGAUGGAUGCAUAUUUUAUCCAAAGAAUUUUUAGACCAUUUUAACGAUAAUAUCAUUAAUAUACAUCCGGCUCUACCAGGUCAAUUUGAUGGUGCAAAUGCUAUCGAAAGAGCUUAUGAGGCAUUUAAAAAAGGGGAGAUCACAAAAACUGGAGUUAUGGUUCAUAAAGUAAUUCCAGAUGUUGACAAGGGAGAGUCGUUAAUAAUUGAAGAAGUACCAAUAUUUGAAUCUGAUACUUUGGAAGAUUUAGAGGAACGAAUUCACUCAGUGGAACAUAGGCAUUUAGUUUUAUUCAAAAUGGAAGACAGCAAUGCAAAUGCAAAAAGAAAGCGUACUCUCGAUAUUGUAGUCGAUACACCUAAUAACUUAGAUCUGGACACCUAUAUUGCGAAUUAUAAAGGACACACCAAAGUUGAUCGUUUGCUUUUUAUAGCAAAACGAUGCCCUCCGCUACAGAUAGAUGCGUACAAACUUGCCUUGCAAGAACUACGCGAUAACUCCCUAGAUCAUAACAAAUAUAUUAAUACUGCUAAUAAACUUAAUGAAGUUCUAGCAUCUCAAGGAUAUCCCUCGUAUCCUGUGGAUAACGCGUGGGUUGAAACGACACAAAAACGCGCCAAGGCUGUAUUGGAAAGGUUAGAGGUUGAGUUGAAAAAUUUUAAGAACAAUCUAAUAAAAGAAAGCAUAAGGAUGGGUCAUAAUGAUCUCGGUGAUCAUUAUUAUAAUUGUGGAAAUCCAACUAAUGCUUUAAAGUGUUAUUCAAGAACAAGAGAUUAUUGUACUACGUCAAAGCAUGUUAUAGAAAUGUGCUUGAACGUGAUAAAAGUUUCUAUAGAAUUGGGUAAUUUUUCACAUGUACAUAGUUAUGUUAUCAAGGCCGAAUCUACACCAGACAUUCAACCGGUAGUGCAAGCCAAACUCAAAGUUGCAGCAGCAUUGGCGCAUCUUGACAGUAAUAAAUAUAAGCAAGCAGCAAAUUUGUUCUUGGAAACUAGUUUUGAGAUUUCUCAUCCUCAAAAUAAUUAUUCUGAGGUCAUCUCUCCAAAUGAUAUAGCUGUGUAUGGUGGCUUAUGUGCACUUGCAUCUUUUGAUCGUAAACAACUUAAAAAACAAGUAAUCGAUAAUACUGAAUUUAAACAAUUCCUUGAACUUGAGCCUCAUAUACGAGAACUCAUUUAUGGAUUUUACAACUCGAAAUAUUCAAUUGUAUUGGAUAUUCUAGACAGAUGGAAGAAUGAUUACCUACUUGAUCUUCACUUGCACAACCAUGUAGAAAGCCUUUAUGACAACAUUCGUAAGAAAGCGCUGGUACAAUAUUUCAGUCCUUUCCUUACCGUAGAUAUGAAUAAAAUGGCACAGUCUUUCGGGACCACUGUUCCAAAAUUAGAAAGAGAACUUGCCAAGCUGAUUACAGAAAAUCAUAUUCAAGCGCGGAUUGAUAGUCACAAAAAGAUUCUAUGCGCCAAACAACAAGAUCAUCGUAGUGGUAUAUUUCAAAAAUCAUUAAAGAUGGGGGAUGAAUUUGAACAAAGUACCAACGCAAUGUUACUUCGUAUGAAUUUGUUGAAAACAAAUCUUAUCGUGCAAACCAAUCAGAAGGGAGAAGGAAGUAGACGUCAUAAUUAG